AUGGGAACCUCACCAGUGCAAAGAUUAAUGUGUCAACGAAUUCGUACAUUGCUUCCCACAAAUCAGAAUCUUCUCAAACCACGGGAACAAAACGGAACAAAGAAGGAAGUAGAGAACCGCAAAGCAAAACAAGUAAGGUUGUCUAACGAGAAAUAUAAACCGCUGGAGCCCCUACAAAGUGGAUGUGCCAUUAGAAUGAAACUUCGAGGUGAUAACCGUUGGUCGCUUGGUACCUGCGUACGUGCACUCAACAACCGAUCUUUCGAAGUCGAGGUUUGUGGAAGACGAUAUCACCGUAAUCGCCGUUUUCCACGUGCGACCAAAGAGAUGGCAGCACCUCCCAACGCGAAAGAUUCCCAAAUCGAACCGAGCGAGCCAAUCAAAACGGACCUCACCCCGAGUUUACCAAUCGUGGAACAUAGCACCCCAACUAUAUAA